UUGUUACAGAUGUUGUCCUAGGGAGAACUGUCUACAGCUGUCCUCAUCAACACUGUAAAGCUUGUCUAUUUAAUUUAUCUUGAGUGGCAGGAAAUUUACAGCUUCUUGGCUCUAUAUACAGUACAUUGCAUACUAGUUAGUGGAUUAUUUGGACAGUAGCAGAUAGACAAAAGGAUAAGGUGUGAAUCUGUUAUGUCAAAGACAACAGGUGAUAAGGUUUGACAGAUCUGUUUAAGAGGUAAAAAUCUCUUUGAUGUUUUUCAGAAAAUAACCAAACAGUACAAAGAAAAUACAAGUUUAUACAGACAGAGUGAGAAUUGUUGUUCCAAGUUUUACCAUGUGGAAGAAAAUAUUAGCAGCUGUGUUGGGUAUAUUGGUGGGAUAUUGGUUAAUAGAUGACUUUGAUCCAGAUUUGUUGAAAGGAAAGAGAGUUCUUAUAACUGGAGCAUCAGCUGGCAUAGGGGAACAGAUGGCUUAUCACUAUGCAAAGAUGGGAGCCAAUGUAAUUGUUACCGCUAGGAGAGAACAAAAGUUACAAGAGGUAGUUGCUCGAUGCAAAGAAUUGGGCCGACCAGAUGGAAUUUACCAUUAUAUCUCAGCUGAUAUGAGUAACCUUACAUCUACAGAACUAGUCAUUAGGGAAGCCCAUGCCAAGUUGGGAGGAAUUGAUUAUUUAGUAUUAAAUCAUAUCAUUGUGAUACCUUUAGGAAUGUGGAGAGGAACUGUUGAUAACCUCACGCGAAUGGAUAAAAUUGUGGAUGUUAAUUAUAAAUCUUACGUACAUCUCACGUCUCAUGCGUUACCUCUAUUGGAAGAAUCUCGUGGUAGUAUUGUAGUGGUGUCUUCCUUAGCAGGUAAAGUAGCCCAGCCAUUUUCAGGUGUUUAUUCCUCUACAAAGUUUGCAUUAGAUGGAUUUUUUGGGAGUAUUCGACAAGAAUUUGCUUUAAGGAACUGUGAUGUGUCUAUUACAUUGUGUGUUAUAGGCUUAGUAGGUACAGAAAGUGCUAUAUCAGAAUUAAGAAAUUUUGGACAACAUUUUUUACUAAAAUACAUAAAAGCAGCAGAACCUCCGGAUGCAGCCUAUGCAAUCAUUAGAGGUGGAGCUUUACGAGCUCGAGAGAUAUAUUUUCCUUAUAUGGAAACAAAAAUAUUGACAAUGUUACGAGAUUUGUUGCCAAGGACAGUGGACUACAUAAACAGAUGGGUAUACACGACAAGUUGACAAUGUGUUCUAUAUUGAAUUGUUUUCUAGUCAAAUGUACUUGUUAAUGCUUGCAAUGUGAAUUUUUGUUCAUCACUGCAGUGAAGAGUCCAUCCCAAAGAUUUGAAAUCCUCUAUACUCAUAGCAAUAGAAAAUAGAGUUUUAGAGAAAAUUCAAGAUAAAUAAUAAUCUCCCUUGACUAUGUUACCUAGUGGUGACUAUUUAAUUUUUUAGCUUUUAGUCAAUAGAGCUAUAUUUUUCUUUUCUUGCACAGGUUACAUAGACUAGAACUGAUUUUGAAUAUCUAAAUGUUUUUUUCAUUUGAGAUUACAGUUUUACUCAGGUGACUUGACUCAGUCUUAAAAUGUUAUAAAAUUAAACAAUAGCUCAUAUUCUACUGAUAAAUUUCUGGGUUUCAGAAAAAAUUAGGUCUGUUUUCUGAAUUCCAGAAAGUUUUAAUUUUACCUUUAAUGACAUGAAAUGAAAAUAUAGUGCAAUGUUUUAAAUAAUAAUUAAUAAUUUAUAUACCUUCUGCUAUUAGGAUUAGAGAAAAAAAAAUUUAAAAGAUAGAUUAUGGGCCUUAUAGAUUUUAUUGUCUUAGUCAUUUCUGUUGUUUGCAUUUAAUAUUUAUUUUGAAGAUGUUAGAAAGUCUUGCUAGUCCCUAAGUUUUUGAAUGCAUCUUAACUUUCAUUUCACUCCCCUUGCCCAAUUUGUCUUCUGUCGCUUAUUUUAUUGUCUUAAACCAACUUAUUUUUUACAAAAGUGAGUCCACAAAAUCACAUGUAUAGCACGUACAACAUUAUUAUUUACCGCUCCAGCAAUGAUUUUUAUAUUGUAAAAUUAAGUUAAAAAUUGUUUUGUUGAACAGACUAAAAUAAUAUGUUUUUAUAAAAAAUACAGCUUUUUUCUGCUAUGCAACUGUUAUGUAUUCAGUAUUUUUUGUGUUUUGUGUUUUGUUGGAAGGCUGUUCUGUGCUUAAGUAAAAAUCAUCCAAAGAACAAUAACGCCUAAUUUUGUGUUAUUUUCUUCCUAAUUGAUAAUGCUUAUCUAAUUUAUAACUGCUUAGGCCAAAUAUUUAAAAUGUGUUGAUUGUUUAUAUAUAAUAAAAAGUAAUGCUAAGAAUAAGAAAUACUGUGUAAACAUUAAUAUCUUCCUAUUACAAAUUAAUAAAUGUACAUGGGUAGAGGUAGACCUAAAAUGUAUAAUCUUGAUAAAAUUUGAGUUACUUCAAUAUGAGCACACAUUGAAUACACAAAGUUAAAUACUCUUGAAAUAUAGCUAUUUGUUAUUUUUCAAAUCAACAGGGUAUUUAAGCAUUGUCAUAUAAUUAAUCUACAGAGUUAUCCAUCUUUGGUUAUGUUUUAUGGCUGAAAUUUUUUUCAUGGAGAGAAUUGAGAAAUGAUAAAAAAAAAAUUAUUUUAUGGGAGAACAAAGAUGAUAGACGUGUCCUCAGUCAAUGUAUUGGCCUUAUAUUGUUUUAUAUUUCAUUUGUUGUAUGUAUGAGGGUCUGUAUGGGGUUUACAGAAUAGAGAAUAAUGGAAAAAAAAGUACAGAAUAAAUGGCAAAAAAAUAAAGAAUAGAUAGAAAAAAGGCCCCCAAAAAAUUAUAGAGAAUAAUGUGCUAAAAAAAUUAAGAAUGGUCUAAAAAAUUAGAACCCCCUAUCCAGACCCAUAUUUAUGAAACCAAAGAUAUUUUUUUUAGGCUGAUCAAUGUAUCAGUUAUGAUACAUUGUAUUCUCUGUUUAAAUUUUGAGAAAAUAAUAUUGUCUAAGUCACCCGUAACAAAUUUUUUGUUUGAUGUUGCCUACCCGUGCUUUGUAGGGUUGGAUAGGUAGGUAGGGAUUUUUUUUUAUUUUGGCCAACAACAUAAGUUGCAUGUUUUAGAUAAGAAAAUGACGUUAGAGCAUAAAACGAUUUGUGUCGUAAAAUUUUUUUGGUAUUCUGCAUUUUGAUGGGUAGGCAGGCUACAUCAAACCAUUUUAAUUUUCUUUUUGGCCCUAUGUAUUUUAUAUACAAGUUUGUAGCCAGUGGUAAGGAGUAACCCGCUUCCCUCUUGAAAAUAAAAAAAAUGACUAUUAAAGUCGAGAUUCAUGUUAAAGGUUGACUAAAAUUCAGAGCUUCAUGACCCAACAUAACCCUCCUCAAAGACAUUCUGGCUACAUGCCUGAUAUAAAAACAUUUUUCAUUGGUCUAUGGGUUUUUUUUGUUUUAUAAAAACAGAUUUUUUGUAUGGGAUUGUUUUAAUCAUAGAUUAAAAUCAUUCAGAAAAUAAAAAGCAUUCAUUUAAUCUACACUCAACCAGCAGUUAUCUCUUAUGAUUAAAUUAUAAUAAAAACUGAAUUGGAUAAAUGUAUUUUUUUGGAACGGCUCUUUUUAACAUAUAGUAAGGAUAAGGAAUCAGGCAAUUUGUUUAAUAAGACUAUACUUAUACACCCAACCUAGAAGUCAUCUUGUCUGUCUGCCAGCCAAACAUAUUUUUAUCAAACUUUUCUCAGGAAAGGUGAUAUGUAAUGUAAGGAGUUCCUGUAAUGAGAGUUUUGGUGGAGUUUACAGAAUAGAGAAUAAUGGACAAAAAAUGAAGAAAAAAAAGAAUAGAUAAUAGAUGGUCAAAUAUUUUUGAAUACAGAAAUGAAGACCCACCCAUCGAGACCCUCUUUAUUGAACUCAACUAUAUAUAUAUGCGUUCUUCAAAUUCCAUUCACAAAAUAAUGUAAUACUGCUAUAGAACACCUUAAAUUUUCCAAAAGAUAUUUAUUGUAUUGAAAUUUUAUAUUUUUGUAAAUGAAUAUUUUAACCUGCAAUACUAUUAGAGUAAACUUUUUGUCCGCUAGUCCAAACCACAAAUACUAUUUUGUUCUUGUUCUUUAGUUUGCUUUAGAAACAUCAGGCAUUUUUUUUUUGUAUUUUAUUGUAUGUUCAUUUCUGCAGAUUGUCUGGUUAAAUUUAUUGGGAAAUAUUUUUGCAUUUUAAUGUUAAUUUUUUUGAAUUGCCUCGGUUAAAGUUUACAGGGCUUCAAAGAACAUAAAAAUAAGAUCAUAUGUUUUUGAUUACAUUGUAUAUUGUAAUUAAUCAUUUUGUUGAGAGAAAAAUUCAGAUAUCAAAUUAAACUGGAUUGUCAGUGUAUAAAUUAACCUUACAGCUUGUAAUGUCAUGUAGCUUUAGUGUGAUAUGAGCUACCUCGGAUCGACCUUAUGCAAAUGAAUAUCAAUACAUUUGUUAACCUAUUUCAGGUUGAAAAAAUCUCUACAGAACGUCUGGAACUGUUUGCAAAUUGAGUUGUUAUAAGAACCCUACAACACAGGCACAAAUUCAUCUAUUAUUUGGUAUUUGAAUGUUGCAAAAUCAAAUCAAAGUCUUAUUCAUGUACAUUUACACAUAAUUUAAUUUUGGAUGUAACGCGUCUUCUGAUUGGCUGACGUUGUUUUGUUUAUCAGCUCAUAGACAUAAUUUUGUCAUGUGACCAUGACGUCAUCAACGUUUUUUCAUGAUUUACUCCGGUUUAAAAUGGAUUUUAGAAUUAAAUUAUAAGAAAUGACUGUAAUAUUUUUUCUGUCUUUUCGAAAUAACAUAAAAAAUGUGGUGCACACUUUACAAUAACCCGCUACGCGUGUUAUUCAGUGUGCACCACAUUUUUUAUGUUAUUUCUUCAUAGACAGAAAAAAUAUUACAGUCAUUCCUUAAUUAAAGAAGGUCAAUUUCUAUCCGAUGCAGCUCAUAUGAUAUCUAUUAUAAUUAUUAUUUUAUAAUUAACUAAAUAGAAAAAAAAUGACAAUUAUAAAAACAAAGUUUUUUAAGAUAACUUGGUGCUAAUAAUCUUGAUUAUUGCUGUUAUUCAAAUUUGAUUUUUAAACAAGCUGUUGAAAACAACCAGCAAAUAUUGUCUGAUAACAAAACUUAGAAAACUUUACGAACAAGUUUUUUUCUUAAAUUAUGAUUACAUUUUACGUUUGUAUAAUAUGGAUCUCCUUAAUUACUUUGACAAUAGGAUGAAAAUUCUUAAGGUAUCUGAAUUGUAGUUGACUACAAUUAUUAAAAUGGAAAAAAUGUUAUCAUACAUUGCAAUAUCAUGACUUGGAAAAAAACUUUAAAAUCUUAACAAGCAUUUUUUAUUAUAAAAAAAAUGGAAGAAUUUAUAAAUGUUGUAUAGUUUUAUCUACUCAGAAACAUUCAUUCUAUCUAAAAUGGUAAAGAAAUGGAAAUUGUUUGAUUUGGAAAAAAACCAAAUUGACCACCAUUUUCAGUAUGAUCUGGAUACCUUAAGAUGAUUAUAGCUAACGAAAUCCUUACAGUUAGAGACCCAUACUUUGUAGAGAGUUUAAUACUGUAAACGUGGGAAUUUCUUUGUGGAGGCUAUUUUUCACUCGAUGUUCAGUCCCAUGAAAAAUCCCCAAUCAGAACUCUGUAAAUUCAGAAAUUAUUGAGAUUAUUUUGUUAAUGCAAAAAACACAACAGUAUCAUGUUUGCAGUAAUAUAAACUUGCAUUCAGAAUUUCAUUAGUUUUUAUCCUUCAUAAAUAUUGGAAAUUGCAUUAAUUAUCUCAUAUUUUUAUCAGUUAUAAUUGAUGUGCAAUAAUAAAUGCAUGCAUAAUUUCUAAAUUUACAGUAGAUCGUACAAAAUUACAAAAUCGAUGUGAAGGGUACAUUUAUAGUUUCAUGCAGAAAAUUAAAACCCAUGCAAAACGUUUUUGCUUGAAAAUUGUGAAAAUAACAACCCUAGAAAAUCUCCACGUUUACUGUAUAUGUUUCUUUGUUUUAAUGUUUGCAUGACUACCUCCUAUUUAUAUCAUUGUUGAACAUUUUUAUAAAAUAAAAUACUCAUAAUA